GAAAAAGUCCCGGUAAUAACACUGACACUAUACUUGUCAUCAUAACAUUGACUGAAAGAUUAUAUAGCUCAAGUAGUUCAAAGCAUCGAUCAAUAUGGAUUUACGAAACGACCGAAAAAUGUCCAGAUAUUCUUCAAUAAAUCAGUGGAACAAGCCGCCCGGAGGAAAGGAUCUAAGUUGUCCUGAAAUUUAUAGCAUCAAGGAUGACGAGAUUUAUCCAUUUUUAUUGGAUAUGGACCCUGUCACUAUCAAUAAAGGAGUUAAGCCAUCCCAAAUGUUAGCCGCCUUCAAGCUAACCACCGAAGAAUGUUCGAGAAAACUUCGGUCCCCCUUACGAAAAUAUAAACUAGGAACUAAGAAAGACGCGUUUAAGAGGGUUCCCGAAGCAAUAAUAUUUUUAAACUACGAAAAAGGCUAUAACAAUACCACGUUGACGAUUAUAAAUCAAGCCGAGGUGACCCAAAAUUUACAUAUCUACUAUGAGCCUUCACGAUUUUUCACUCUAAGCAUGGACACUCGCGUGGGUAAUUUGAGUAAAAUCGCACCAGGGAUGGCUCUGGUGCUGAACGUUGCCUUUGUUCCGACUGAUACUUCAAGGGAUUACGCGCACAAAAUUGAAUUUUCGAGCGGAGAUACAAGUUUUAUAGUGCCAAUAUUUGGUUACGUAAGGUUCAGGUUGCGACUCUACAUUUUUAUUCGUGGUCUACCGAUUACCGGUACUUUUGCUCAGCGUAGGGCAGAGUUGGGAAGUGCUUUGCGUGCGGAACGCUUAGGUGAAGUCGAAAAGCCAGUAGUUUCCCAUUUUGAUGCUGCCUCUGAAAUUUGUUUCUGCGGAGUUAUGCUAUAUUCGGUUGAAAUUCAGCCAUCCAUGGAGCCUGAUCAACUCCUCAAACAAGAUUUGACUUCAAAAUGUGACUCACUGUAUAACAAACUGAAAAGAAUAUAUCAAGGUCUGGACAACCUUAUUACUUCGCAAGUAAACACCCAUACGGGUAACCCUGUCAUUCGUGUCGAUCCACAUGUCUUGUAUGACUUGGUUGAUUUAUCUGAUAGUGAAUCAUCCAUUUCCAAUGGGUCUCAUCGUGAGAACGCGGAUGGACAUGGAGAUCGCCGUAGACGUAUUAUUGUUCCCAAUGGGCAUCUUCUUGAUUCUGAAUCUUAUAAUCAAGAAUCUAGACAUUCGCGAACUAAUGCAUCAGUGCAUCCUGAAAAGCAGGUGUCUCCAGAACCAAUAUCCUCCUCAAGGCCACCUUCUGUUAAUGGUUUGGAAAAUUUGCACGAAAGAGUUCCUUCCAUUGAACGGGUCUCAGGAAGAAAUUCCUUAUUGGACGCUCCUUAUUCUAAUAUAGAAUGGCCAACUUCACGUUUUCCCAUUCGAUCAAGGUCUGCUGGACAACCUAAUUAUUUCCAGUCGACGGCUGUUGUUCAACCACCGGAUGUCCCUUUUCCACCUCAUCGUAUUAUUUUACCAGAUUCUGCUUCUCUGAAUAAUGUUCCCAACAACCCGAGUUUAAAUAACAAUCCGACAGUGACGAAUAGAAGUAACCAAACCAAUCGUAUACCUCAAGUACACUUUUCCAAUCCAGAGUGUAUAAAUUCUACUACCGCAGGGGUGAAUUUGUCUCAUUCUAUCUCGGUGGCGGAUCUCGUUGAUCAGUUGCGUUCUCUGAAUUUUUCGCCUCUGCAUAAUCGUUCAGCAUCGUCUGACUAUAAUUACAACCCCCCUGGAUAUAAAGAUGUAAAUCGGUGGAAUAUUAAAUAUACGAUGGACAUGAGCUUACCAAAUUUUUUGGAGAGAAUCGAGAAGUUGCGAUUGUCUAGAGGAGUUUCAAAGAAUCACCUUUUGCACUCUGCUUCCGAAUUAUUUGUCAAAGAUGCUCUUUUACGGCACCGUACUGGUAUAUUCCAAUCUUGGGACGACUUAGUGAGUUUUCGUUAUGGGACAAAAUUCGAAGGCGUACUCAAGGAAUCAUCGGCAGAUAUUAAAUUACAGCUUCUUCGUAGAAAUCUUCUGCCUUAUUUGCAAACACGGUUGACCACCCAAAAUAUUUCUUCUGUAAUAGAACUGAUUGAACUGAGUCGAGCCGUUGAGGAAACCGAGUCGCGGGUACAGCGUUACUUGCCGCCUCCAACGAAUUAUCGUUAUCUGUUCGAGCCAGAGUUAGCUUAUCACAAGCCUUCCCAUGCAUCUACAGUCCUAAUCGAUACCGAAGUAAUGUCGGAUGGGAAACCCCAGUAA